AGCAGUUCGAAGUCCGAUGGUUAUCUAACACUACCUUUUUUGGAAGUGGUGUCUGGCUAACUUUGAAUCCGCCAAUAGAAUCUAAAAUAAUUGUCUUUCUUGGAUGGCAGAACUGCAUCCUCCACUGCAUCGCACCGCUCAUCCUCACGAGCCCAAUGGAGACGACCUUGAAAAACUCAAGAAAUGGCAGGAAGCUCGUCUUGAACGAAAACUUCGAGGAGAGUAUGAGUCUGCUGUCUUCCACCUUGCAGAGCUUGUCAACCAAAAUAUCGAGACACCACUAUCAGUCACUUCGGUCCGUGUAGAUGGCGCCACGAAUACCAGGAAGUCUUUCUUAGGCUGGUUGAUCCAGCCAUGGCUCGCGCGGCAUAUAGACGACCAGGCAAGCAAGUCGAAUAACCUGCAGGGAGUGCUGCAUACCGCCAGGGGUAUAAGUCACCUUUUGCAAGAGACGGACCUUUUUCACUCUGUGGACGCAAAAAUUCAGAGGAGUCGCGGUCACCUUGCCGGGGAGGGGGACGUCGACAUUGUAGUCACUACACGCGAAAAAGGCCGGUUCUACUUGAAAACUGCCACUGAAUUCGGUAAUAAUGAAGGUAGCGUUAGUGUCACGGGCAGAGUGCGCAACAUAUUUGGCGGAGCUGAGUUCCUGGAGGGGCACUACUCAGCAGGAACAAAAACGCGUCGUUCUUUCCACGGGCUUCUCUCCCUUCCUCUUUCGCCGUCUUUGCGCACAACGGGGCAACUUUCAUUGUUCAGUCAGGAGCGAGAUCUAUCGUCUUUUGCAAGUUGUUCGGAGAUUUUACACGGCUUAAAGGUUGCAAUAAAUAGCAACUGUGGAGUUCAUGGCGUCCACGAAAUUGCAUAUCAGGCCGUUUUGAGGCACCUCAACAAUCUAGCACCAGGUGCAUCCGUCAGCAUUCGCGAACAUGCUGGUCAAACCAUCAAAUCAUCAAUAUCUCAUUCAUGGACAAAAGAUACCAGAGACGACAAGCUCUCAGCUUCACGUGGCUACUACUGCAAAGUUUUCCAAGAACUAGCUGGACUAUCAGGGGACGUGUCAUUUUACAAGGCCGAGUUCGAAAGUCAGCUUUCCCAGCGCCUCGUUCCAGGAAUGAGCCUCUCAUUGGCUGCACGGUGUAGCUUGUUAAAGGCUCUUACCGGCCCCAGCCAUUUUUCUGAUAGGUUCCAGCUUGGCGGACCUCUCAGCUUAAGGUCGUUUAGGGCAAACAGCAUGGGCCCUCGAGAUGGAGUCGAUUCACUGGGCGGUGAAUUUUACUGGUCGACAGGUGUUUCUUUAGUGUCCGACAUCCCCCGGAAACCGCAUUGGCCCAUCAAGUCACACAUCUUUAUAAAUGCCGGGAGGUUGGACGCAAUGGACGGAGUGAAGGAGCUGAGCGAGAGUUUAAGAAAUCCCUCAAUAUCUGCGGGAGUCGGCCUUCUAUAUAGGUUUGAUCCUGUGAGAGUAGAAGUGAACUUUGGGGUGCCGCUUGUUGCAAGUAAGAGUGAUGGUGUGCGAAAAGGCUUCCAAGUUGGUAUUGGCAUGGAGUUUCUAUAAAUUCUUCGUUACUCGGGAGUGCAUGCCAGAUUUAUAAACAUCUGGUAGCUAGAUAAGACUCUAAUUUCUUUUGAUUUCUUUACCAGAAGUGAAAGCGAGGUCGUUCUGAUUGAUUUGCGGUUUGAAAAGUUGUAGCAGACGAGGAAGGCUCC